UUCAUGUAAGGGAAGUGCCUACUUUGAGGUUAACAACUGAAGCUCUUCGCACCCAUCUCUUCGCACAGGAAGGAGUUUAAAAGAUAAUCUUAAUUCGUUGGUAUUUUGAACUCUGUAAACCAGUGCGCAUUACGCACACACACCUCAGGCUGCUGGAAGCAGGACUCUUCAUCUUAUGUGCACAUAUAACUUGAGGGCUUCAUUUUGAACAACUUUUAGAUACAAUUUUUGACAAAUGGCGGCUAACGAGCUGUCCCGUGUAAGGCGCAAUUUUGUGGACAAGGUUACCAAAACAGUUAUCAAGCAGCUCCUGGAUGACCUUUUGGAGGAUAAAGUCCUAAACGAUGGGCAGAAAAACUCCAUACUUGAGGAGAACAGCGCUACAGCAGACAUGGCACGAGAUCUGAUUGACACAGUGAGGAAAAAAGGAGACCAAGCCAGCCAGCGAAUGAUCACUCACCUUCAAAGCAGAGAUGAAAACCUUCACUCUGAUUUGGGUCUGUCUGUUGCUCAACCUGCUCAGCCAGCUUCGAAGCCCCAGCAGGAGCCGGAGUGGUCGACCAAGAUGCUCCCUUCUACUGACACCUUUUGGAGGGAGAAACAGGAUGAUACAAGUAUUUACCCUGUGACCAAAGAUGCCAUCAGGAGUCGUGUGGCUCUGCUGAUCACUAAUAUUAAGUUUACUAAUUCGAGGUACAACAGAAAAGGAGCUGAGAAAGACGAGGAGAACAUGGAGAAACUGCUCAAGUCUCUGGGAUACGAGGUGGUGAAACAUACAAAUCUGACAGGGAAGGCAAUUGAUGAUGCCGUCAUUGAGUUCUCUAAACAUCCAAAACUCAAAGGAACAGACAGUGUGUUUGUGGUCAUCAUGUCUCAUGGGAAACUGGGAGCUAUCCUCGGAGUUGACUUAGGUGGUGAGAAACCAGACGAGUUUCCCAUCAACAACAUUUACAACCACCUGGGCUCGAAGAGAUGCCCGGCGCUGCUGAACAAACCAAAGAUCAUCAUCAUCCAGGCCUGCAGGGGAGAGGAGCAAGGCUCAGUGCUGGUUAGUGAUGACGGACACUCAGCUGUGGUCUGUGAUGAUGUCAACAGCCAGUCUGUCGAAGUAGAUAUAGAGGAGGAUACUUUGCGAUAUGUGCACAAGGAAAAAGACUUCAUUUCUCUUCUCUCCUGCACUCCUGAUACUGUCUCAUACAGACAAACAGAUCAAGGAUCUUUUCUGAUCCAGUAUUUGGAUAAGGUAUUCAACACUUUCACAUAUACGGACCACAUUGAUGAUCUUUUCAGAAGAGUCAUGCAGCUCUUUGAAGACUUUUCAGUUCAGUCCAAAAGACAGAUGCCAACCAAAGACAGAUGCACUCUAACAAAGCACUUUUACUUUUUUCCAGGCCACUGAGAUGCUUUGUUUGCUUAACCCUCCUGUUAUGUUGCGGGUUAAAUUGACCCUUUUUAGGCAGAAUAUAUUCCUUCCCAACCAGCUAAGUACAGCAUAAAAAUCUGGGCAGCAUGUCACAGAAGAGGUGUCUCAUAAUAAUUUUACUUCAUUAAAAAAAAAAAAUCUCAAUGUUAAAUAAAAUAAACAAAAAUCUAUGUCAUGCAAAACUAUUGUAUUUAUGUUUAGGGCUUUCCAAUGUACAUUAUACACAAAGUUUUAAGAUUAAUUUUAAUGAAAAACAAGGGAGUUAUCCUCUUUGAACCAUGAUCUGUGAGAAUUAAAGAACACCAAUCGACCAAAUCUUGAUUUAAAUGGUUAGUAAUGGAGUAAAAAUUAGAUUCUAAAAAAUGUGUAUUGGGAUUUUUGGGGUUCUGAACCUUGGAUAAUUGAAUAUGCCCUGGGUCAAAUUGACCCUGGAACAGAAUUGCUGUUCCAGAGAAAUGAACAUAACAGGAGGGUUAAAGCAUGUUCUUGUGACACACUUUUUACACUUUUUAACAUGCAUGCCAGCCAAAUCUAGGACAAUCACUUUAGUUUUUUAUGAUAUUAAAGGGAAAAAGACCCUUUCUUUUAAACUUUUCCUCACGUAUUGUAUGAAUUUUAAGCGGUGCUUGAGCCACUGCUAUAGAAAUACCACUCUCUGCCCUAUGUGAAAUAUUGGGCCUCUUUUUGCAGGGACACUUAACAUUCAGCACUUCAGAUAUUUUGAAAUAGUUGUUUUAUUUACUUUUUAAUGACAUUUAUUGAUGCCUGUAUGAGCAGGACUGAUGAUUCUUUAAUGUUGAGGUGUCUGAUGAUAUGAUCCACACUUUUAAAAUAUGCUUUCAACGUACAUCUUUAAUGUUUGACAGUGUGGUCUUCUUUGUUUCGCUAUUGAAAGUUGCAGUGAUUUCUUGCUCUAAUUUCCACGUCACUUCAACUUUGCGAAGUACAGCAACUCACAAUCAUAGACUAUAUAUAUAUUUAGAGAUCAUAUAUACAGUCUAUGCUCACAAUGCUUCUGUUAAGAUUUUCUACCAGUUUCUACUUACACAGCAGUAUGGACCUACUUUGUUCCUAUUGGUAAUCUGUACAGCCGGUUUCCAAUAUCUAUCAUGACAUAUAUAUAUGCUGCCCAUACUCAAAUCUAUUUAAAACCAAUAACCUGAAUCAACUGUCCUCUAUCGGUAAUUUCCUUGCCUCUGUCCACGAAAAGGUGUCUCUAAAUUUCCUCCCUCUUAACUCUUCACAAAACUGAAAUACUGUUGAUGGGACCAGGAACCUUCACCACCGCUGUUGGACAAUUUACUGGCCAGUUUCAAGCACAUUUUUAACAUUCUGCUAAAAAUUCUGUUAUCAUCUUCAACCAACAAAUUAUCUUUAAACAUCAUAUUACUAAGCUUGUCAAAUCCUGUUUCCUGUAGCUAAGACAUAUUGCAAACGUUGCUCUCCUUACAGGUCUUAAGACUUUAAUACACACAUAUUUACCCUUUGUUUCCUUCUUAUACUUUUAUUUUAUUUUAAGAUUAAUUAAAAAUAAGUCUACAUAGUCUUGCUCCAAAUUACAUUUCUGACCUCCUUGUUCCAUAUUCCACUCCUCGUCAGCUGCAAUCAUGUAACCAAGACCCUUUUCCAUCCUCUGCUUAAACACCAUAACAAAAGGUGAUCGUGCAACUUCCUCAAUCCAUCAGGUCAGCUAAAUCUUAAGAGUUUAUCAAGCUGCUCAGAAUCCCCCUCAGUUCCAGUUUUCUGGCUUUGUAUUGCUUUGUUUGUUUGACUUACCAUUUUUUGAUACUUACAUUUGAUUUUGAGUUGACUGCUUUUAUUGCUAUGCAUGUGACGCACUCUGUAAUCCAAACGUUUUAAAAGGGCUGCAUAAAUAAAGUUUUACUCACUUUCUUACUA